UACCAAAAAAAUAUGUGGAGACAUUAAAAGUGGUUGUUUGGUCUCAACCUCCUGUGGAAAAAAUUGAUAAAAGUUCAUACUCUGAAUAUCUCUCUCUGUAUGCUCCCUGACUCUUACCCUUUUACGACUUUUUGGUGCCCAUAAAUUGAAGUUGCUCCCUCGCUUCUCCAUCACUUAUGGUCUUUGAAACAAAGCUAGCAUAGCAUUUUUCUUUUACAAAGCAAGACACCCUUUUCCUUUUCAUUCCAUCAUCUCUUUAGCUUUGUCCAAAGACCAUGUCUGUGGUGGCUGAUAAUUCUGCAAACAAUGGAAGCCACCAAGUGGUUUUAAAUGUAAACGGUGAUGCCCCCAAGAAGUGUGAUGACUCAGCCAACCAAGACUGUGUACCUCUUCUGCAGAAGUUGGUAGCAGAGGUGGUGGGGACGUACUUCUUGAUAUUUGCAGGGUGUGCUUCGGUGGUGGUGAACCUUGACAAGGACAAAGUGGUAACACAACCUGGGAUUUCAAUUGUUUGGGGUCUCACUGUUAUGGUUUUGGUUUACUCAGUUGGUCACAUCUCUGGUGCUCAUUUCAACCCUGCUGUCACCAUUGCUCAUGCUACCACCAAAAGGUUUCCACUGAAGCAGGUACCAGCUUAUGUGAUAGCUCAGGUCGUUGGAGCCACACUUGCUAGUGGAACUCUUAGACUUAUAUUCAAUGGCAAGAAUGACCAUUUUGCAGGAACACUCCCUUCCGGUUCUGAUUUGCAGUCUUUUGUGGUCGAAUUCAUAAUCACUUUUUAUCUCAUGUUUGUCAUUUCUGGUGUUGCCACCGAUAACAGAGCGAUUGGUGAGCUGGCAGGGCUUGCAGUUGGGUCUACGGUGCUGCUAAAUGUGAUGUUUGCCGGGCCAAUCACAGGAGCAUCAAUGAAUCCAGCAAGAAGUUUAGGGCCUGCUAUUGUGCACCAUGAAUACAGAGGAAUAUGGAUAUAUUUGGUGUCACCAACUCUUGGAGCUGUGGCUGGUACAUGGGCCUAUAAUUUCAUCAGGUACACAAACAAGCCAGUGCGUGAAAUCACCAAGAGUGCCUCUUUCCUCAAAGGUAGUGAAGCUGAGUGAUACAACAGCAAAUGCAUGAAUGUUCCUUUUGCUUCUUCAUUUCUUAUCUUCAAGUUCACCAUGUAUUAGGGUUAAAAUGUAUAAGGAAGAAUCACUGGUUUAGUGUAUCGAAUAACCAUGUAAUGUUUUUUUGGUAAUGCAUAACCAUGUAAUAUAGCUAGAGGAAGUGAAAAAUACAAUUUCUCCUUAUCCAUGCAACACUAUAUAUCCUUCUAUA